GACAGAGACAGAGAGAGACAGAGAGAGAGAGAGAGAGAGGUCUUUAUUCAAACCAUGCUCCCCAUGUUAGCAGCACCAGCGGUUUAUUUUUCAUUCAGAGGGUUAGUGUUUCUGUCUGAUGCACAUCCACUGUGCUGACGCUCCUGUUCCCGCACACUACUGCUACCUUUGUGGUUAGAGUUACUCUCGUUGGUUCGUGUUCUCCCUGGAGGAGGCUAUCUGACUGGAGUUAAACAACGAUACAACACACCAAGUGACUACCGAGAUCCACUAGUCUUCCUGAUGAGAGGCGUCCUGCUGCUGUGUCUGCUGGCACUGGGCCAUGCCAAGCCCUACCAGCCAAUUAACGUCUUGGACUUCAUGAGGGACCAUGAAAUCAUGAUGCAGGACGCCGAUGAUGACGAUGAUGAUGAUGACGACAACGCCCUUACGGACUGCCCCUUCGGCUGCCAGUGCUCCCUACGGGUGGUGCAGUGCUCUGAUCUAGGGUUGCUCUCUGUGCCCGAGAACAUUCCCGCCGACACGCUAAUGAUCGACCUCCAGAACAACGACAUCACCGAGGUCAAGGAGGACGACUUCAAAGGCAUUAACAAGAUCUACGCUCUGUUCCUUGUUAACAACAAGAUCUCGAAGAUCCAUCCCAAAGCAUUCCGUAACAUGGAUCGGCUACAGCUGUUGUACCUGUCCUACAACCAGUUGACACAGAUACCUGCCAACCUACCCCGGAACAUCCUGGAGCUGCGUAUCCACGACAACAAGAUCAGCAACAUCCAGAAGGAGGCCUUCAAAGGGCUCAAGUCUGUGCAUGUUCUGGAGAUGAGUGCUAACCCGUUAGCUAACAACGGGAUAGAGCUGGGAGCAUUCGACGGUAUGGAAACGCUGUAUAUCAGGAUCGCGGAGGCCAAGCUCACAGCUGUACCUAAAGACCUCCCAUCUUCACUCACAGAGCUUCACUUGGAUUAUAACAAGAUCAACAAAGUAGAAAUUGAGGACUUUUUCAGAUAUAAAAAAAUACAAAGAUUAGGACUGGGCUUCAACCAAAUCAAGUUUGUUGAGAAUGGAAGCUUCGCCAGUAUACCCAACGUCCGUGAAAUCCACCUGGAUAACAACAAACUGAAGAAGGUUCCGCCCGGCCUCAACUCACUGCGGUAUCUACAGGUGGUGUACCUCCAUGCUAACAGCAUCAGCAGUGUGGGGGUGAAUGAGUUCUGCCCUGUCCGCUCCAGUGUUAAGAAGACCUUGUAUACGGGUAUCAGUCUGUUCUCUAACCCUGUUAAGUACUGGGACGUCCAGCCCGCCACUUUCCGCUGUGUGUCUGGACACAGAGGGGUUCAUCUGGGCAACAACCGGAGGAAGUAAGUACACACACACACACACACACACACACACACACACACACACACACACACACACACACACACACACACACACACACACACACACACACACACACACACACACACACACACACACACACACACACACACACACACAGGGGGGUUCAUCUGGGCAACAACCGGAGGAAGUAACACACACACACACACAGGGGUUCAUCUAGGCAACAACCGGAGGAACACACACACACACACACACACACACACACACACAGGGGGAUUCAGCUGGGCAACAACCCGAAGAAGUAACACACACAAUGGCAAGGUGAAGUUCUAACCAUAUGGUCAUAUCUAUCCUAUAUAGUUACAGAUCUACAAGUGCCUACCUGCCUAGGGAAUUGGGUGUCUGUCAGGAUCACAAGCCAUCCUAUAGCGCCUCCUUCUGGUAGACUUCAGUAAUACCCACGUCCUCAACACACAGGAUGUUGUUGUUGUAAAGACCAACUCUUCGUUCCUCCUCAACGAGUCAACAAACGCAUCCACCCCCGUUUGUACUUCAGUGUUUUAGUCGAUAUCUUUGUUUCUUCUCUGUUUAGGAAUUAGUAUAAUCUGCUGGAUAUGUUGUCUUCGGAUUUCUUUCUGACACUGCAUGCCUCCCUUUUAUAAUCUGCUAGCCUAAAUAAAACUAGGUUUCAUGGUGCUAAUAAACGUAUAUAUAUUUACAGAAACUAGUCAACGUUAUAUGUCUAGAUGGUGAUAAACAUAAAAUGACAGAAAAUGCUAGUCAACUGUUACAUUACAUGGUCUACAUGCCAGAAACUAGUCAACCUUUACAUGUCUAAAUUUGAACAUGAUUAUCUAUUGUAGCAUUACAUGUAUGUAACUGUUCUAAUUAAAUAAACUUGACAUGUAAAAUACAGAAAAGGAAA